AUGAAGUGCUCGCCGUUAUUACCCGCAUUGCUGAUGCUUCUUGGAGGUGGUGGCUACGUGCAGGGCCAAAAGCUACCAGGUGCUCGUUCGAAUGGCGCUUACGUGUACAUGGAGCUUAAUGGUCAUAAAUAUUCUUAUGACACAAGCGUGCCGUUGCAGACAAACGAUCUAAGCGGCAACUACGACUAUCAACAGCAAUUGGAGGCACAACCGAUUCAGUCGCCACAGUCCUACGUUGAGGAGGGCGUGGUGGGGAGUCCAACCAACGAUUUGGAUGCAUUUAGUCCGCAGAGCUUUGUGCAGCAAUCGCUGCGGCGCAUGCGCUCCCAGCCUCUGCGCUUCUCCUACAGCACUCGACAGGGUCAAAUGGGGCAGGAGGCCAACCUGGGUGCAACCUUAGCUCCGCAACCGGGCAGCGUUUAUCAGCCCAGAUCAGGGACGGUGCCCAUCUACAGCAAUCCACCGUCUUACAAUUUUGACUUCAACACCCCCCACAUGUCGCACGCCCAGAGCUCGGAUGCUGCGGGCAAUGUGGUGGGCAAGUAUUCGUAUUACGAUGCCGCCGGAUAUCAUGAGCUCAGCUACAAGGCAGGCGACGGCAUCGGCUUCGUCGUCAUGGACGGCAACUUGGCCAAGUCGAGUGAACAGACCGCUCUGCCCAUCGAAGACUACAGCGAUUCGUAUGACAACGUCUUGACUGCUGCCUCCAAUUUAAACGAUUUACGAAAGUAUCGACGAUUUGCUUAA